AUUCAAAACAAAUGAAGCAAAGGUUCCGAAGCUUCAGGAAGCAGUGUUUUGAAAGCUCCUGUCAUUACUGAUUUCUGUUUGUGUUUUUCCUAAACGUCGUUCAUAAUCUGUACAAAUACAUUUUGUUGUAGUUGACAGAAUUCAAACAGUCGUUGCGAAUGAGGAGCUUUCUGUCAUAAACGGUGGGCGUUGAUUAAUCUCUCGCUCUUACUGCGUUGAACUUGGCUUUGGUUGAACUUUAACACAGUUUCUCUUCAAGCUCACAAGUGAGAUAGUGACGCCAAGGAUGUCCAGUUCAAAAAAAUUGGUUGAGCUCUUCUAUGAUGUUGUUUCUCCGUAUACCUGGCUGGCGUUUGAGGUGCUGUGUCGCUACAGAAAUGUUUGGAACAUAGAACUCAAAUUUAAACCAGCAUAUUUAGGGGGAGUCAUGCAUGUUUCAGGCAACCGCCCCCCUGGAGUGGUCCCAAAUAAGUUUCUUUACAUGACCACGGAUCUGACGCGGCUGUCUGACUAUUUUGACGUUCCUUUGUCUCCACCCGCAAACCCUUUUGAAGCGAUGUUUGAGAAAGGCUCAUUGAACGCGAUGCGUUUUGUGACCGCUGUAGCAGAAAAAGAGGGAGAUGUGGAGGUGGAGAGGGUAUCCAGAGAGCUCUGGAAAAGAAUCUGGAGUACUGAUCAGGAUAUUACCCAGCCUGCUUCACUCACUGAGGCAGGAUUAAAGGCAGGUCUCUCAGCCAGUCAGGUGGAGGAAUUUCUGACCCUCGCCAAAUCGCAGCCGGUCAAAGACAAACUGAAGAGUGUCACAGAUGAAGCGCUGAAGCAUAAAGCCUUUGGUUUUCCUUUGAUUGUGUGUCAUGUGAACGGGAAGCCUGAGGUCUUCUGGGGUUCUGACAGAUUUGAGCUCAUGGCUCAUUGCAUUGGGGAGAAGUGGGUGGGGCCUCAGCCUGGCAAACCUACAGCCAAAAUGUGAUCACUGCUCCUCUAUACUUGUAAAUAAAAUUUUAAAAAUGGUGUAAAUUAACAUUUCUCUUACACUAUAACGGGGUUCCCACGGGUCCUUGAAAUCCUUGAAAGUUUGUGAAUCUGAAAAAACAAUUUUAAGGCCCUGGAAAGUUUUUGAAAAUAAACAAUGCAUGGAUACAGGUC